AUGUCAGAAGGUCAUCAUCAUUAACACGUAGAGAUUGAACAUACCGAGGGUCCACUUUCAUUCUUAAUACCUGAAGGCCUAGAUGCUUUCAGUGCAGUUUUUAUCAUUUUGAUAGUAUUCUCUGCCCUUUAUGAGAUAAUAUACCUAAUAUCUCCUAAAAAAAUUAAAAUAUGGUUAGAAGGUAUCGACUAAGCAGAACCAAAAGAGCCCAAGGAUACGAGAAGCUUUCAAAUGUCAACUAUGGUGGCAACUCUAUUUGGAAUGCUAUCAUUACUAUUUCUAUGGUAAACACAAAAUUAUAAGCUUGAAGAUUAGCACGAUGCAUUCAGAGAAACUGCUGAAUAAAGAUAAUUUAGACACAGACAGCUUUGGACCAUUCAAAGCUACAAGUAUUAAUGCUUCAUUUCAAUGACUAUUUGGCUUGGAAUCAAGAUUUUGAUGAGCAUUAAUAGAAAGCAUAGAGAAGUAGAGGCUGAAUUGUAAGCACUCUUUAAAGAAAAGGACCCUCAAGACAAAAAGAAUGAUUGA